AUGUGACGCAUUUAUUACGAUUCUCACAUCAACAGGAAACGGCUCAGAGAGAGAGAGACAGAGAUCGGUGAACUUCUUCAGCAAUGGCGGGUUCUAGGGUUUGUGAGGUUUUAUGAUCAUACUGAGUCUCAUCUGAAUCGGAAUCUUCCUCAGAAAUGUCCGGCAGAAGAUCCAAUUACACUUUGCUCAGCCAAUUUCCCGACGACCCGGUCUCCAUCUCCGUCACCGGAGCUCCACCUCCGCACUAUGACUCCUUAUCGAGCGAUAACAGGAGCGCGACCACCAACAACAGCGGAAACAACAGCAAAACCAAGGCGGAUAGAGCUGGAUUCGAUUGGGAUCCCAAUGGCGGUGAUCACAGAUCGAGUGCCCAGACGAAUCGGGUUGUGAAUCUUUAUUCUUCGUCUCUCGGCUUACAGAGGCAAUCUAGCGGGAGCAGCUUCGGAGAGAGCUCCUUGUCCGGUGAUUACUAUAUGCCCACGCUUUUGUCUAACGAGAUCGAUUCGUUUGGAUAUGCCCAAGAUGACGCUUUUAGGCUCGGUUUCGCCGGCGGUGGAGGAGAUUUGAGGGUAAAGAUGGCGGCGGAGUCCAACGGAGGUUCAUCUUCAGGGAAGAGCUGGGCGCAGCAGACGGAGGAGAGCUACCAGCUGCAAUUGGCAUUGGCUCUGCGGCUUUCAUCGGAGGCCACUUGCGCCGACGAUCCGAACUUUCUCGAUCCGGUGCCGGAUGAGUCUGCUGUUCGGACUUCGCCUAGUUCAGCUGUAACUGUCUCUCAUCGCUUCUGGGUCAAUGGCUGUCUAUCAUACUUUGACAAAGUUCCUGAUGGAUUUUAUACGAUUCAUGGACUGGAUCCAUAUAUUUGGACCUUGUGCAUUGAUCUACAUGAGAGUGGUCGUAUUCCUUCAAUUGAAUCACUAAGGUCUGUGGAGUCCGGUGACGACUCUUUACUUGAAGUGAUCUUAGUUGAUCGGCGUAGUGAUCCAAGCUUCAAGGAACUGCACAAUAGAGCUCACAACAUAUCUUGUAGCUGCAUAACCACAAAAGAGGUUGUCGAUCAGCUGGCAAAGCUUGUCUGCAAUCGCAUGGGGGGUCCAGGUCCCACAGGAGAAGAGGAAUUGGUUCCCAUAUGGAGAGACUGCAUUGAUGGUCUAAAAGAAUGCUUUAAACUGGUGGUUCCCUUAGGUAGCCUCUCUGUGGGCCUCUGCAGACAUCGAGCUUUACUCUUCAAAGUGUUGGCUGACACAAUUGAUUUACCCUGUCGAAUUGCAAAGGGCUGCAAAUAUUGUAAAAGAGACGAUGCUGCAUCAUGUCUUGUCCGAUUUGGGCUUGAUAGGGAAUAUCUGGUUGACUUAGUAGGGAAACCAGGUCAACUAUGGGAGCCAGACUCCUUGCUAAAUGGCCCCUCAUCCAUUUCAAUUUCUUCACCAUUGCGAUUUCCACGACCAAGGCCAGUUGAACCUGUCGUUGAUUUCAGGUCUCUGGCCAAACAGUAUUUUGCAGACAGCCAGUCGCUUAAUAUUGUUUUUGAUCCUGCUUCAGAUGAUCUAGGAUUUCCAAUGUAUCAUAGACAACAUGAUAAUAUCGGUGGAGAGCAGAAUGACCUUGCACAAUUGCCCGAAAAUAUUGGUGGUUCUUUGCUGCUCAGCGCUAAUGACCCUCCGCAGAACAAUAUGCGUGCACCAAAUCAAGUACAAGCAGCAGUGUCUUCAAUUAAUGUGCCACCAGUCUGUCAGUCUGUUCCUUCUAGGCAAAACAGGGAACUUGGACUUGAUGUUGAUGACUUGGACAUCCCAUGGAGUGAUCUUGUUUUAAAAGAGAGAAUUGGAUCAGGUUCCUUUGGCACUGUCCACCGUGCUGAGUGGCAUGGCUCGGAUGUUGCUGUGAAGAUUCUCAUGGAGCAAGACUUUCAUGCUGAGCGCGUCAAUGAGUUCUUGAGAGAGGUUGCAAUAAUGAAACGCCUCCGGCAUCCUAACAUUGUUCUCUUCAUGGGUGCUGUCACUCAACCUCCAAACUUGUCCAUAGUGACAGAAUAUCUGUCAAGGGGCAGUUUGUAUAGGCUGUUGCAUAAAAGUGGGGGAAGAGAGCAAUUGGACGAGAGACGUCGGUUGAGUAUGGCAUAUGAUGUUGCUAAAGGGAUGAAUUAUCUCCAUAAUCGCAACCCUCCCAUCGUGCAUAGAGAUCUAAAAUCACCGAAUCUGUUGGUUGACAAGAAAUUCACCGUCAAGGUCUGUGAUUUUGGUCUCUCACGCUUAAAGGCAAACACAUUUCUUUCGUCAAAGUCAGCUGCAGGAACUCCCGAGUGGAUGGCACCUGAAGUUCUACGUGACGAGCCGUCUAAUGAAAAGUCAGAUGUGUAUAGCUUUGGAAUCAUUUUGUGGGAGCUUGCCACAAUGCAACAGCCAUGGAGUAAUUUAAAUCCAGCUCAGGUUGUGGCCGCUGUUGGAUUCAAAGGCAAAAGGCUCGAGAUUCCACGCAAUCUGAACCCACAGGUUGCAGCCAUAAUCGAGGCUUGCUGGAUAAAUGAGCCAUGGAAGAGACCGUCUUUCGCAACCAUAAUGGAGCUGCUAAGACCAUUGAUCAAAUCGGCCGCACCUCAACAGGGGGGGCGUUCAGAUAUGUAGCUCUCUGGUUUCUCAUAACCAUAUGAUAUGAUGCACAUACUACAAUAUAUAUACUACAUCAUCCAUUCUUUUUCAAGAUUUGCUGCCCUUACCCUCCUUGGAGCUGGACACGUUACAAGUUAGAUCCGCCUUAAGAUUUGUCAAUGUCUGUCAUCACAGACAGCGGAAUCGAAGGAACACAAAAGUAUAUUAUGAGUAAUGGAAAGACAUCCCCACGGCCACGGGUAAAUCCGUUUCGCUGUUGCUGCUGUAUUUAUUUACACUGUUAAAGCGUAAAAACCUAUUUGCCCGCCCACGUAUAAUAUCUCAUACUAUUUACCCAACUCCUUUUCUUUCUUUUUUUUUUUAUUAUUUUUUGUAUGUACAUUUAAACCGCUAAAUCAGUACUUAAAAGGGACAAGAACAAAAAAAAUUAUUCCGAUUUAAUUAA